AAAAGGUUUAUUGAAAGAGUAUGGAACUUGUUUGUGAAAGUUCCCAAGUUUUUUUUUGUUCAGCUAUGGCUUCUCUUUAGACCCUUUGAGGUAAAAAAAAGAAAAGGUUUAUUGAAAGAGUAAGGAACUUGUUUGUGAAAAUCCCCAAGUUUUUUUUUCAUUGAAAAAUAAAACUUGAAAUGUCUGUUCCUGGGAUUUACAGGUUAGGUUUUGUGUGAAAUAUUUGUCUGUUUACAAAGUUUGUUUGAGUCCGUGUUACUUACCUGUCUUUGGCUGAAAUUGACACAGGUUUAGUUUCUUUGCUUGAACUGGUGAAGUGUGAAAUGCAAGUGAAACUCCAUAAGCUGAAUUUGGUUUAAGUUACUUGGAGAAGUUAUGUUCUUUUAGGGGGUUUUGGCUUUGGACUUUCUUCAUUUUGAAGUCAUAAUUAUUUAUUCUUAAGUUGGUCUUUGUGAAUAGUUUAAAACUCUCAAGUACUCUCUCCAGCAAGCAAUUUCUGGUCCAAACUUGUCUUCAUCUACCUUUUGAGGAGUUUUAAGAAGAAAGAGAUUCUGGUUUUGCAGGGCACCACCACCAGUUGAGCUGGAUUCUGUUCAAUCUUCUCUCUCAAGAGAGCUUCGUCCAUGUGAGCUUCAGUGAUUGAUAAUUUACAAACUACAACUUAUGCUCAUUUUCUAGUCCUUGAAUGCUCAGUGCUUUUCCUUUAAUGUUGGUUCGAUAUAUGCUUCCAAUGGCUAGAGGAUUCAAGCAUCAGGCGUUUGUAUUUCUCGGUGUAAUUUUACUCUUAAUCAAUCAAUCAGAGCAACUACAAUCCUCCCAGACUCAUACCCUUUUAAGACUUAAGUUGCUUUUGAAUUAUCCUGAUUUUCUGAGUAGCUGGAAUAGCUCUGUCGACUUUUGCAAUGCUGAACCUACGGCUAAAGUAACCGUUGUGUGCUAUGAAGAAAGCAUAACUCAGUUGCAUAUAAUUGGAAAUAAAGGGGUCCCUUCAUUACCUAGAAGUUUUUCCAUGGAUUCCUUUGUCACAACACUUGUUAAGCUUCCUGAUUUGAGAGUACUCACAUUGGUUUCUCUUGGUUUAUGGGGGCCGUUGCCUGGUAAAAUUUCACGUUUGUCGUCAUUAGAGAUACUUAAUAUAACUUCAAAUUUACUAUACGGAACCAUCCCUAAUGAGCUUUCAUCUAUAACCAGCCUUCAGACGCUCAUACUUGAUGAAAACAUGUUUACCGGUCAGCUGCCUGAAUGGCUAGGUUCAUUUCCGGUUUUGACUGUUCUGAGUUUGAGGAAGAAUUUGUUUAAUGGAUCUUUGCCUGGUUCUUUUAGCAUGUUGGAGAAUCUCAGAGUUCUUGCACUUUCACAUAAUCACUUCCAAGGAGAAUUGCCUGAUUUUAGCGGUUUGACAAAUCUUCAAGAGCUUGAUCUCGAAGAUAAUGCAUUUGGACCUCGGUUUCCUCGGCUAGGCAACAAGUUGAUCCACCUUGUACUGGGAAAGAACAGGUUUAGAUCCGGCAUUCCGUCUGAACUGAGCUCGUUUUACCAACUUCAAUGGCUAGACCUGUCAUUCAAUCGAUUUAUUGGGCCAUUUCCGCUGUCAUUGUUAUCCCUCCCUUCCAUUACUUACUUGAAUAUAUCAGACAACAAACUCACCGGGAAGCUCUUCGAAAAUACUUCUUGCAAUGCAGAACUUGAGUUUGUGGAUUUGUCCUCGAAUCUUUUGACUGGACACUUGCCCAGCUGUCUUUCAGAUUCUAAAGACGCAGUUUUCCUUUAUAGGCGAAACUGCAUCACAACUGGAACUGAAAACCAACAUCCAGUUACCUUCUGUCGAAAUGAAGCCUUCGCUGUGGGAAUCUUACCUCAGCGUAAGAAGUCCAAACUUUCGAAAGUCUCUCUUGCAUUUGGGAUAACCGGAGGAAUCAUUGGUGGAAUAGUACUUAUGGGUCUCAUAUUCAUGCUUGUUAAGAGAUUGAGUGCAAAUAAGACGAUCAAUAAACCAACUACAAGACUGAUUACGGAGAAAGCAUCUAUUGCAUACACAUCGAAGUUACUAUCCGAUGCAAGGUACAUAUCUCAAACAAUGAAGCUAGGAGCACUCGGACUUCCAUCUUAUCGAACCUUUUCACUAGAAGAUCUUGAGGAUGCCACGAACAACUUCGACACUACUGCUUUUAUAGGUGAAGGAUCUCAAGGGCAGUUGUAUAGGGGUCGUCUGAGAGAUGGCACCUUCGUGGCCAUUAGAUGCCUCAAAAUGAAGAAAAGCCACAGCACUCAAAGCUUUAUGCACCAUGUAGAGAUGUUUUCGAAAUUAAGAUGCCGCCAUUUAGCCAGUGCUCUUGGUCACUGCUUUGAGUGCUACUUGGAUGACUCAAGUGUCAGCCGAAUAUUUCUCAUCUUUGAAUACAUACCAAAUGGAACUCUAAGGAGCUGGAUAUCUGAAGGACAUUCUGAAAGAUCACUUACAUGGCCACAACGCAUAUCCGCUGCGAUAGGGAUUGCAAAGGGCAUCCAAUUUUUGCACACGGGGAUCGUGCCUGGUGUUUACUCGAAUAAUCUGAAAAUAACCGAUGUUUUGAUGGACCAGAAUCUUGUAGCAAAGAUUAGCCGAUACAACCUGCCCUUGUUAGCAGAGAGUGCAGGGAAGGUAGGUGACAGAACAUCUGCUCUACCCAAGGAUCUCAGUAACAGUUCAAGGGUAAAUUAUGAAGAUAAGGUCGAUGUCUAUGAUUUCGGAGUGAUUUUAUUAGAAAUGAUUAUGGGGAGGCCAUCAAAAUCCAGGAAUGAAGUUCAGAUUCUCAAAAAUCAGUUACAAGCGGUUGUAGCAACCGAUGAUGCAACUAGAAGCAUAGCUGAUCCAGCAGUUCAGACAUCUUGCUCUGAUCAGUCGUUAAAAACGAUGAUGGAAAUUUGUGUCCGAUGUCUGCUAAUGGACCCGACAGAGAGACCUUCUAUUGAGGAUGUGCUGUGGAACUUGCAGUUUGCUGCUCAAGUUCAGGGCGCAUGGCGUGGAGAUUCAAGGAGCACUUCUCCAAGCGACUCUCCCUUCCAACCUGCAGAUCUCCGUGUUGCCUUCCAUUAGCGAUGGCUUUCAGGGAAAAGCUCCACCAACUUGAUCUCUAAGACCAAUAAUUAUCUUCUGCCUAGGAAGAUACUCAUGUACAGAUGAGUUAGGAGAAUGGUAACGUUCGUUAUUUUCACUGAAGAACACGCAUACUCGAAUCCAAACAUCCGACAACUGAUCAGUGUUUGAACUUUUACAUAAAUCCCUUACUGUAUGCCGGCAAUGGCUUAUUUAGAAUAAGAGUACUGCAAUGUGUUAAUUAAUUUGAAUCAUAUUGACCGUAAUGAAGGCUUUUGGCAAAA